CCAAAAAGUAAAUUUAAUUUUUUAUUAAAAGUGAUAGAAGCCAUCAAAAAACGAUGAUAAAUUAGAAGCGAUACCAAAGAAAAACAAAGAAGAGAAAAAAGUUUUAUUACGUAGUCAAGUGAACACAGUAACAAUAACACCAUCCAUUGAAUUGGAGCAGCAACGGCUUACUUGUUGGGUGGCAGACAGAUUUGCAGAUUCAGAGAAAAACGCAAUUCAAGUGAACGAACGGGUAAUUGACGUUGUCAAAAGAGCUGGGUGCGUGCCUUCAGUGGAGUACAACAAAGACAGACACGUUGUGCCUGACGCAGCGGCACAAUGGACAAUCACCGUGCUGCUAACAACAGCGGAUUGACUACAUUAGAAUUGGGCAGUAUCAAUAGCAGCAACAACCUUACAGGCAGCACCUCCAGCCUGAACUCCAAAGAGGCUAGACAACAAAAAGAAGAUGUCACAUUGUAUUUCAAAAAGAUUGGCAGUGCCCUGUUCUAUGGCAUGGCCUCCUUCAUGAUAACAGUUGUGAAUAAAACUGUAUUGACCUCAUACAAAUUUCCGUCAUUCCUAUUUCUAAGUUUGGGGCAGCUGGCUGCCAGUAUUGUGGUACUUGGUCUGGGCAAACGACUGAAAAUUGUAUCGUUUGCCCCACUGCAGCGGAACACAUUCAGGAAAAUAUUCCCGCUGCCGUUGAUAUUUCUGGGUAACAUGAUGUUCGGCUUGGGUGGCACUCAGGCCUUAAGUUUGCCCAUGUUUGCAGCUCUGCGCAGAUUUUCCAUAUUAAUGACCAUGCUCUUGGAAUUGAAGAUUUUGGGCAUACGACCUUCGACUGCCGUUCAGAUCAGUGUUUAUGGCAUGAUUGGUGGUGCUCUGUUGGCUGCCUCCGAUGACCUGUCAUUCAAUAUGCAAGGAUAUGCCUAUGUGAUGAUAACAAAUGCCAUGACCGCAGCCAAUGGCGUGUUCGUCAAAAAGAAGUUGGAUACCUCGGAAAUAGGGAAAUACGGACUUAUGUUCUACAAUUCCCUGUUCAUGUUCUUACCCGCCAUGCUGAUUACCUACGCCACCGGCGAUUGGGAAAAAUCCAUUGCAUUCGGUCAAUGGCACAAUCCCUACUUUGUUAUCCAGUUCCUAAUGAGCUGUUUCAUGGGCUUCAUCCUGUCCUACAGCACAAUCUUAUGUACGCAAUACAAUUCGGCCUUGACAACAACCAUAGUUGGCUGCCUCAAAAACAUAUGUGUCACAUAUUUGGGUAUGUUCAUCGGUGGCGACUAUGUUUUCUCUUGGCUGAACUGCAUCGGUAUCAAUAUCAGUGUAUUUGCUAGUCUUCUCUAUACAUACGUCACGUUCCGGCGGAAACAGUCACCCGAUAAGGAGCUACUAUUGCCCACAACAACAAAAGGUGAAGCGGUUUAGAGAUUUCCGAAUACGCACUACUUUCUUGUCCCUAUUAUUAGUGUUGUUGGCGUUGUGAGGCAAAUAGGCGAAGCAACGGCCGUUGAACAUUUCGUCAAGAGAUAUGGGGAACGUGAAAUGAGUACAUACAUAGCCGCCGUCUAGAGUUUAAUGUGUCACAUUGUUGUUGUGCUGGGGAUGUUAGACCUGAAAAUGGAGCACACAAUCGUGUGCUGCUGCUGCGGCUGUUGUUUAUUUGCUGUGAUCCCAAUGAAUACAAUGUUUUCCAACCAUUGGCCGUUGUGUACUAAACACUCGUCGACUCCAAUGCGGUAAAUGUACGUCACGAUGAUUAGAAUUAGUUAUAAAUUAAUUUUGCUUUUAACGCCUUCAUCUUCAUCUUCCUCCUUCUUUUUGUAUUAUAAUUUAUAUCAUGUUUGUGUAUAGUAGGCUGUACUGAAUGAUGAAUUUUUAAUGUGUGUUAUUAAAUUAGAUAUAACAACAAUUGAUUACGAAGAUUUUGCUUUUAAGAAUUAUUUAGUUUUUUUUUGUUCUAAUAUUAUUCAUGUGCCAAAAGUUAUUAUCGAUUUUGUAAAUUAUAUGGACCUCUAAACGAUAAGCAUUUGUAUAAUAUCAUUAUAGGAUAAAUAUUUUCGAAAUUAACAAGUUCACGAGGAAUUUUCUCUGAAGAAUUUCAAUGUGUAAAACUUAUCAGUCGAGAAACGAAACUGCAUUGACCAAAUAAACUUCGAAAGAAAAAAAAAAAAA